GCCUUGAGCCCUCAGAGCAGGGCAGUCAUGUGGCAGGGUGCUAACGAGGUGCCGCCCUGCCCGGGCAGCAUUGCCAGGUGGAAGAGGAAGCCGAGGGACAGCUUUGCCGGCUCCUCUGUCCUGCCAGCCAUGCAUAGGAAGCAGAAGCAAGCAGAGCAGGUACAGUAUGGCCAUGAUUCAUCUCUUCCCAGCCCCUCUCUGCCUCCCUGCCUCCUCCUCUCUUGUUCCUGCUGCUGCUGCAGAGCUGGGGCUGGUGGCUCCUGGAAGGAGCAGAGGGCACCGUCCGUGGGGGCUCAGCACUGCCUGGAGGCUUUGGCACCUUGCAGAUGUAGCUCAGUCCUCUCUCUGCUGCUGGAGGGGCUGGGGGCACGGUGGUGUUUCACUGGCCUGGCAGUCAGAGGGAAGGUCCUGGCUGAGCUCAGCAGGCGCAGGGUGCAGAGCCUGGAGCCGUGCAGGGGUUCAGUGGCUCCAGCAGAGGGAACUGAAAACCUUGGGCUGCGGAAGGCCUGGGGCAGGCUGCAGCUGCACCAGGCGGCGCUGCCCAGGCUGCCGGUGCCCCCCCUGCAGCAGACGCUGGAGCGCUACCUGCAGGCGCUGGAGCCCAUCGUGAGCGCCGAGGAGCUGAGCCACACGCGGCGGCUGGUGGCGGAGUUCCGGCGCCCGGGCGGCGUCGGGGAGCGGCUGCAGCGGGGCCUGGAGCGCAGAGCCGCCAGGACAGAGAACUGGCUCUCAGACUGGUGGCUGCAGACAGCCUACCUGGAGUACCGGCUGCCCGUGGUGGUGCACUCCAGCCCAGGCCUGGUUCUACCCAAGCAGGAUUUUCUGGAUCGCCAAGGCCAGCUCAGGUUUGCUGCCAAGCUGAUCGAGGGCGUCCUGGAUUUCAAGUCCAUGAUUGACAACGAGCGCCUCCCCGUGGAGCACAUGGGGCCGGAUCCCCUCUGCAUGAAUCAGUACUACCAGAUCCUCUCCUCCUGCCGCGUCCCCGGGCCCAAGCGCGACUCCAUCGUCAACCACGCCAGGGGCAAGCAGCGCUCCAGGCACGUCACCGUGGUGCACAACUUCCAGUUCUUUGAGCUGGAUGUCUACAACAGCGAUGGGAGCCCCCUCACUGCUGAGCAGCUCUUUGUCCAGCUGGAGAAGAUCUGGAACAACUCUCUCCAGACCAACAAAGAACCCAUUGGGAUCCUCACCACCGACCACCGCAACAGCUGGGCCAAAGCCUACAGCAACCUCCUGAAAGACAAGACCAACAAGGACUCGGUGCGCGCCAUCGAGAGGAGCAUCUGCACGGUGUGCCUGGACGCGCCGGUGCCGCGCGCCGCCCAGGGCCUCUACCACAGCCAGGUGGCUGCACAGAUGCUGCACGGGGGGGGCAGCCACCUCAACAGUGGCAACAGAUGGUUUGACAAGACCCUGCAGUUCAUCAUUGCUGAGGAUGGUUCCUGUGGGCUGGUUUAUGAGCAUGCCCCCUCCGAGGGGCCGCCCAUCGUCGCCCUGCUGGACCACGUCAUGGAGUUCACGAAGAAGCCUGAGCCGGAGAAGCCAGCCCUGAGCCCCCUGCCGAUGCCCAGGAAGCUGAGGUUCAACAUCAGCCCAGAAGUCAAGAAGGACAUCGAGCAGGCCAAGCAGAACCUCAACAUACUGGUUGAGGACCUGGAUAUCAACAUCCUGCUCUUCCACCACUUCGGGAAGGCCUUCCCCAAGUCAGAGAAGAUCAGUCCUGACGCUUUUGUGCAGGUGGCCUUGCAGCUGGCCUACUACAGGAUGUACGGCCGCUGCUGCGCCACCUACGAGAGCGCCUCCCUGCGGCGGUUCCGCCUGGGCCGCACCGACACCAUCCGCUCGGCCUCGGCCGCCGCGCUGCGCUUCCUGCAGGCCAUGGAGCGGGCGGGCACGCCGGAGCAGGAGAAGGUAGAGCUGCUGAGGAGAGCUGCCCAGGCCCACAAGGAGUACACCACCAUGGCCAUCCAGGGCAACGCCAUAGACCGGCACCUGCUGGGGCUGAAGCUGCAGGCCAUCGAGGACCUGGUCAGCAUCCCUGAGCUCUUCAUGGACACUGCCUAUGCUGUGGCCAUGCACUUCAACCUCUCCACCAGCCAGGUGCCAGCCAAGACCGACUGCGUGAUGUGCUUCGGGCCCGUGGUGCCCGACGGCUACGGCGUCUGCUACAACCCCCUGGAGGACCACAUCAACUUCGCCAUCUCUGCCUUCAACAGCUGCGCCGACACCAACGCCGCGCGCAUGGCGCACUACCUGCAGCAGGCCCUGCUGGACAUGAGGGCCCUGCUGCAGGCCGCCCGCAGGGCCAGGCUCUGA